GAAAAAGCGGUUUUGUCUGGUAAGUUUGGGUUUAGUGAGUGUCGCACAGUCCUCAUUGACUCGCUUCUAUACAGCAAAGAUGCGAGCUUGGUGCGGUUGCGUUGGUUACGUCCGGAACGAAGUAUCCCCGGAGAACAAGCAAAAGUCCAGGUUGAGGUUGAUGCUAGCAGGAAAAAUAUAACGAUUGCCGAGUCGCAAAAGCCUUUCAGACAAAACCGCUUUUAUCCACAUCCCGAGACCGAUCCUGCAGUAUUCAAGGCAGACAACCAAGUUUUCGAUUGGUACUUGUGCAAAAGGCUAUUACGAACUUUUGGGUUAUUGGAGUACUACAGAAAGAGUGAAGAAAAGACUGAAGCGAAUACGAGAAACACCACUCCUGGUUAUCGUGCACGGCUGGGUUAUCUGGGAGUGGUUGGAAGAGGGACGAGUCAUGCCAGGUCAUUUGCGAAGAACGUAGCUAGUGGUACCUCCGCUCCUGGUGAAAAGAAUGAUGCUUAUCUACAUGGCAAAUUCUUGCAUGAAGGCGGACGCGGCUUUGUUGUUGGCAACGACCGGCUUGCAAGUCUGAAAACACUCGCCCAGAGGGUAGUCGAAAUGAAGAUGUUGGCUGAAGAUAAUCGACAUGGAGGUGAAGAAGAACAAGUAGGAGAGCCUUCUUCUGAAUAUGCAUCCUCUAACGAUGAAUCUGUCGAAGAUCCCUCGUCAGACUUCACAGUAGACUGGCGCAGUGACCAGCUUGUUUCCUAUGUUCCCGUGCUGAAGAAAACCGCUCAGGGAGGACAAAGAAGCUUGUUGUUGGAGGAAAAAGAGAAAUGCGAUGCGGAUGGACUACUUGAUCGAGCAUCAGCAGCACGAUCUGCACAAAGAACUCAAACUCUAGCAACUGGAACCGCAAAGCCAAAGCCAACUACACCACCUCAGAUUACUACUGGGGAAAAGCGAAAGGGACGCAUUCGUAUUGAGAGGACCAGAACGGUUGAUCAUACACAUUUGGUUUUCACAACGAAAUUGCAGACCAUUGAGGCACUCCGGGAACUCCUUCUCGAAUUAAUCGCGCUACGCUUACUAUGGGAGCAUGAAGCAGGAGCAGAACAAAAGGGUAGAAGAAAAAGAGGCAGUGCGAUCGUCUCAUAUUUGGCAAGAAAACAUAAGGUGAAAGUGAAGAGUUCUGAUCCUGUUGAAAUGUCAGAUGACAGGAGUCACGAAGACCAGAACCGUGAAGACAGCACAUCUCCAUUCGCGCCAGAGGCUACUAGAUCUACAAAAACCCACCUGAAUCUAAGUAUCUACUUCAUCACAACUGCAACGUUUGUGACGCAGUACGGGAAAGAGGAGGAAAUUGAAGACCUAUUUCGAGAUUUAGACCUCUUAACAUUUGGAAAUCCUUCGUCCGGUGUAUCAAAUGAGCAUGAGGGAGAGCACGGCGUGGGCUGCCAGUAUGCAACUGGAUCAACUGACGACGAUACGAACGACGAUGUUGACGACGAUUCUCCUUCUUCGACGCAAUUUCAUCCGUGUCCCAAUAGCGUAGUUCUUGAUCAUCGUGGUCCUGCCUCUGCCAGCACAGGUAGGACUAGGAUCGUAGUCCCUCAGCCUCGUCUACGGGUCAUCAUGAGUCGCGCGGAUCCUAUUGAGCACAACUUGUUGGCCAACCAUCUGAAACUUCGGACCGGGCCAGGAC